AGUGUCAUGUUUUAAGUGCAUUUAACUUUCAGUUAUCUCUCUUGUUGUAGGGAGCACUAGUUUAGGUAAUUCAGGAUUAAUAGAGAAAUUUCUUGGUUUGAAAAUGCAUUAUUUUUAAACCAGAUUUAUUUUAGUGUUGGGGACCAUACUGAUGUUGAAAUGAAUUUGCAUUUUUAAGUCUGUAUUACCUGAUGGUGAGGAGAGUAUACUGAUGGCAAAGAACAGUCAAUCUUGAGUUAAAGAUUUUGCCUCAGAAAUCCCUAAAAUGAAUAAUCCAGUUAGUGGGUAAUUAAGGCUGGGCUAUACUGAGUAUGUUAAUAAAGACCAAUUUCUUUUCACCAUCUGUGUGGGUCCAGUGUGGCCUCUCAGGCUGUCUGCCUUAUGCUGAAGAGUGGUCGGUAUAUGAUGCCUGUGUGGCAGCCUGAAUAAGUCUUUACUCACAAUAUCUGGAGGAAUCCUAUUGUGUGAUGUUGCAUCAAUGAAGAUUAAGCUGGCUUUUUCAAAGGACUUGAGCUUUGUAGAGGCUCUUCCAGAUAUCAGCUCUACUGAAAAUCUGUCAUUUUUCCUCCUCAAGUAAACUUGUUUGAAAAUAUGGCCAAUUAAAAAAAAAAAGGAAUGGGGAGAAGUGUCCACAUUUAAGAAGUAAACAACAAAAAUCACACAGCUGUUCUUCCAACCUUGUUCUCUCAGUUGACUUGCUUUCCUCCGUCCCUGCUUAGCCCCCACCUUCUCAUAAUCACUACCAAACUAUGUGCUUGUGAUGUCAUGAGCACAGGAUUAUUAUUUACUUCUUAAGUCAGGAGAUUGUAGUAUUUCUGAGCUGGAAAUCAGAGGUGGAAAAGUCAGUAAUCUUAACUUAUAGAGUUUAGUUCAGGAUUAUUUUCAACUGUGUUUUUUAGGAUUAUGCCUUAUCUGCUCUAAGAAAUAGUUUUGGAUAGGAGAAAUUACUAAACUGUUAUUUUUAGUGACCCGCUAUGAGUUUAGUUCUAUGCUAGGAGCUGUGGAGGACUAGGAAAAAUGACAGUUUUGUGCCCUUGAAGAAUUUACAGUCCAAUACUCCAUUCGUAAGGGAAAUAGGAAGGAAUGAAUAUGUAUUGAGCCUCUAUUAUGCCAGACAAAUAAAAUUUGGAAAUGUGAAAGUAUAUUAGCAAUUGCAUAGUAACAGACCUCACACCAUAGGUAUUUUGGGAGAAGAGUAGUCAGGUAGUUAUGAAUGAUGUCACAGAAGAACUGUAACUUAUUCCAGAUCUUAAAAAAUAAAAAUUGUAUUAGGUGUAAGGGAUGAAGAUGAAGCAAAUAAAAAAAUCAUUUCAUUUUGGAGCUGAGAGGGAUCAAGCAAAAGCCUGGAAACAGGAUUGUACCUGGGCUGUUCUGGGGCAGUGGUAAACUGACCUGAGUGCAGUGAGUGGUAGUGAACUGAAGGUUAGGCUGGUUUGGAGCCAUGUUUAUAGGGGUUCUUAAAAGCCGGGUUGUACGGUUAGAUUUUAAAUCAUAGAAAAUAGUGAAUCGUUGAGAAUUUUUGAUUAGGAUAAUAAUAUGAUGAUAGUAGGAAACAGAUUGGCUUGGAGGGAAGGGAGAUUGGCGCCUGAGACAUCUGAGGAGAUGAACCGUGAGCUAGAGUUAUGGAGGGUGGGAUAAGGAGAGGAAAGAGUGAGAAAGAGAUUGUGCAGGAAGAAUUGAAAUCAGUGAGGACUGGAUGUGGAAGAUGAAGGAGAGUGAUCAAGUAUGACUAUGACAUUUUAAGCCUGAGUUUCUGAGACAUUGACUGAGAUGAAGAAGUUAGGAAAGUUCCCUCAUUUUUUAGGGGAAUAUGAUGAGUUCAGUUUGAGAUGUGUUGAGUUAAAGGUGACAAUGAAACGUCCAAGUGAAAGCUGUUCCAGCUGUUAGAGAUGAGCCUAAGGCUGGCGUCAGAGGGGGGUGAAUACGUCUGGAAGUGUGGUUUUGCAGUUCAUCAGCAUAGAUGUGGUGACUGUAGCCAAGAGAAUGAAUAAGCUCUCUGAAGACUAGAGUUUAGGGAAAGAGCAGAAGACCGAAGAUAGCAGUACUGAUAAAUACUAACUAUUCUCCACUCUUUGGGCCAUCUUAAUUGAGUUCUUACUUCUCCUUUCCUGCUUUCUGUUCCUCUGGUCCCCACUCCAUCCAAUAUCCGUUGAAUGUCUCUUAUCUUGUAAGCACUGUCUUAGGCACUGAGGAAACAGAUGAGUCAGACAAGGUCCUACCUACAAGGAGUUUAUGGGUCUAGUGGGAGGGGACAGAUGUGUAAAUAUAUAGAUGGAAUGAAGUGUGAUAGAUGCUGCAGUAGAAAUAUGUAGGGGGAAAGUGGGGGCCUAAAGGUCAAGUCUGCCUUGGACAUGCAGAGGUUGGAAAGUGCCUCCCAGAGGAGAUGACCGUUGAGCUGAGUCUUGAAAGAUGAGUUAAGGAUAUACCCUGGAGAUGACAGGGAGAAGUACACUCCGGGUUGAGAAAACACCAUGAACAAAAGCUUAAAGGAAUGAAACAGCUAGACUUCUUCAGGGAGAAGGAAAAGCAGAGAUCUGUCACCCUGAAAACCUGGCCUGGUGCUACGUCAAUGUGAAGGCUUGCCUACACUACUUUGAUGUACUCUAUGGUGGCAAGAAAGUUUAACAGGAUUGGUCAUAUGUUUGACUUUAGAGGCUUAUAGUACAUCCUACUGGAAGCAUCUGUCUGCAUAGGAAACAGCUCAUCUCAGUUUGUUGGUGGAGGCCUGACUUUUGAUCUAUGUCCUCUCUACAUCAGCUGCCUGAAAGUACUUAAUGAUCACAUGACCCUGGACAUGGAUGCUGUCCUGUCGGAUUUUGUCCGUUCCACAGGGGCAGAGCCAGGACUGGCCCGAGAUCUCCUGGAAGGAAAGAAUUGGGACAUGAGUGCCGCCCUCAGUGAUUUUGAACAGCUACGUCAAGUCCAUGCUGGGAACCUGCCCCCACCCUUUAGUGAAGGGAGUGGUGGCUCCAGGACCCCUGAGAAAGCGUUUUCUGAUAGAGAGUCUGCUCGCCCUCCCCGACCCACCCUACAGCGGCAGGAUGACAUCAUUCAAGAAAAACGCCUGUCUAGGGGCAUCUCCCACGCCAGCUCCAGCAUUGUUUCCCUGGCCCGGUCCCAUGUCUCCUCCAAUGGUGGGGGUGGGGGGAGCAGUGAGCACCCCCUGGAAAUGCCCAUCUGUGCCUUCCAGCUUCCAGAUCUCACUGUGUACAAUGAAGACUUCCGCAGCUUCAUAGAGAGAGACCUCAUUGAGCAGUCCAUGCUGGUUGCCCUGGAACAGGCAGGGCGUUUGAACUGGUGGGUGAGUGUGGAUCCCACCUGUCAGAGGCUGCUUCCUCUGGCAACUACUGGAGACGGAAACUGCCUCCUGCAUGCAGCCUCUCUUGGGAUGUGGGGUUUCCAUGAUAGGGACUUGAUGCUGCGGAAAGCUUUGUAUGCACUGAUGGAAAAGGGAGCCGAGAAGGAAGCAUUAAAACGGCGCUGGAGGUGGCAGCAAACACAGCAGAAUAAAGAGUCAGGGUUGGUAUACACAGAGGAUGAAUGGCAGAAGGAAUGGAAUGAGCUGAUCAAGCUUGCCUCAAGUGAACCCCGCAUGCAUCUAGGUACCAAUGGAGCCAAUUGUGGUGGGGUGGAGAGUUCAGAGGAGCCUGUAUAUGAGAGCCUAGAAGAAUUCCACGUCUUUGUCCUUGCCCAUGUGCUUAGGAGGCCCAUAGUCGUCGUGGCAGACACCAUGCUGAGGGACUCCGGUGGGGAAGCAUUCGCCCCUAUUCCCUUUGGGGGAAUCUAUCUGCCCUUGGAGGUCCCAGCCAGCCAGUGUCACCGCUCACCUCUGGUGCUCGCCUACGAUCAGGCCCACUUUUCUGCACUUGUGUCCAUGGAACAGAAGGAGAAUGCCAAGGAACAAGCUGUGAUCCCACUUACAGAUUCAGAGCAUAAGCUGCUGCCCUUGCACUUUGCUGUGGACCCUGGAAAGGGCUGGGAAUGGGGCAAAGAUGACAAUGACAAUGUCCGAUUGGCCAGUGUAAUCCUGUCCCUAGAGGUCAAACUGCAUUUGCUUCAUAGCUACAUGAAUGUGAAGUGGAUCCCAGUGUCCUCUGAUGCACAGGCUCCCCUGGCCCAGCCUGAGUCCCCCACAGCCUUGGCUGGAGAUGAGCCCCGGUCCACUCCUGAGUCUGGGGAAUCAGACAAGGAGUCAGUUGGCAGCAGUUCUACCAGCAAUGAGGGCAGCAAGCGGAAAGAGAAGUCAAAACGAGAUCGGGAGAAGGACAAGAAGAGGGCAGAUUCUGUGGCUAACAAACUGGGCAGCUUUGGCAAAACCUUGGGGAGCAAGCUUAAGAAGAACAUGGGAGGCCUGAUGCACAGCAAGGGUUCUAAGCCUGGAGGGAUGGGAAUGGGGUCAGGGGUAAGCAGUGGCACUGAGACACUGGAGAAGAAGAAGAAAAACACACUGAAGAGCUGGAAGGGUGGUAAGGAGGAGGCAGCUGGGGAUGGGCCUGUAUCUGAGAAGCCUACAUCUGAGUCUGUUGGUAAUGGAGGUAGCAAGUAUAGCCAGGAGGUGAUGCAAAGCCUGAGCAUUAUGAGGAUUGCAAUGCAAGGGGAGGGGAAAUUUAUUUUUGUUGGAACCCUGAAGAUGGGUCACCGUCACCAAUAUCAGGAGGAGAUGAUCCAGCGCUACCUUUCUGAUGCGGAGGAGAGAUUCCUGGCAGAGCAGAAGCAGAAGGAGGCAGAGAGGAAGAUCAUGAAUGGAGGAGCAGGGAGUGGGCCUCCUCCAGCCAAAAAGCCAGAGCCAGAUGGCGGGGAGGAGCUGCUGACUGCCCCCCCAGCAGAGUCCAAGACAACGGCAUUCUCUACUGGCUACCCUGGGGGCUUUACUAUCCCUCGGCCUUCUGGGGGUGGAGUCCACUGCCAGGAACCCCGGAGGCAGUUGGCAGGGGGUCCAUGUGUUGGGGGCCUACCACCAUAUGCCACCUUCCCCAGACAAUGCCCUCCUGGGCGACCCUACCCCCAUCAGGACAGCAUCCCUUCUCUGGAGCCAGGCAGUCACUCCAAGGAUGGAGUUCACAGGGGUGCAUUGUUACCACCCACCUUCCGCGUGGCUGAUUCCUAUAGCAAUGGCUACAGAGAGCCCCCUGAGCCAGAUGGAUGGGCCGGAAGUCCCCGGGGGCUUCCCCCAACCCAGACCAAAUGCAAACAACCGAACUGCAGCUUCUAUGGACACCCUGAGACAAACAACUUCUGCUCCUGCUGUUACAGGGAAGAACUGAGGAGGAGGGAACGUGAACCCGGUGGGGAGUUGCUGGUGCACAGGUUCUGAAUGAGGGAACCUUGGCGGGCAAGGGGGCUAAACAAAGAAAGUUAAGCUCAACUAAUUGGCUCAUCAAGACCCAGCCCCCAUGUUGACGGGGCAAAUGCGGUAAUGUUUCUGGGAGCCUGACUAGAAACUUUGAAGUGUGUGUGCGCUGGAGAGCUGCCAGGCUGGCAAGAGCAGGUCAGGGCUGGACGGUGCCUCGUGGGCUGUACUAGUCCUUUGCCGAUCUUGACUUGAUGGGACUGAGGAGGUACAAGGGGGGAAAGAUGGUGAUUCUGUCGCAUAACCCCUUGGGUCUAUCCCAGGACCAAAGGGAAAGUAGGAGGGGAAGGUUUGGUGUGUGGGGGUGGGGAGGUGGGCAGAAGUCUGGAGGAGGAACAGGCAAAGGAGGUUCUCAGUCAAUAAAAGAAAAAGCAGACCAAAGUUCUUUUAGGUUGGAAAAAAGCACAUGGUGGUGGAGUCGGGAGUGUGGAAAGAAAAUGGGAAAUUACACAAAUUUGCUAUUAAUUUGAAUUAAGGUGGAAAUUAGGGUUGGAUAAAUUCUUCCUCCUGAAGGAUCUGGAAAGACAAGGCAGUAAUGUGUGCUCAUGGGUGCUUAUUAGGAGGGAGGUAGAUUAAAUUGGUUUAUUGAGAUGGGUAAGGGAGGAACUUAAAAGGAGAAUCCUUUUCCUCUUAAGUUUUACUUCCUUCUAAACAGCCAUCGGUCAUCUGUUCUAGUUCAAGAGGAGAUUGCCGAUUGCCCCCUAUCUUUUCCUCAUCCUUUUUGAGGUUUGAGCUCAGCUAAGUUAAGAAGGUUGUGAUUUUUUUUUUAAGACUUUAAUUUUAUUAAAAAAAAUUCCCUGUGGGGAAGGGAAGAGCAGCGGUGUGUGUUGGAUUUUCUCCAGGUGAGUUGGCACAGGGGUGAUCUUUUUUAACUACUUAGCAAUAACCACACAUUGCGGUUUGAAUGCGCCUUGGGAGGGGUAGGAGAAGGACAGACGUUUGGCCAGACUGUUUCAAACAAAACCAAAAACCUGAAUAGAGCACUACCAUCCUCUGCUGCUGUGUUUCUGUAGAAAGCAACUUAUUUUUUUGACUAUUUUUUUUUUUUUCCGGAAAAGAAACAAACAAAAAGACCCCAACAAGCAAAAACAUUUUAAAGACUGAUAUUUUUUUUCCUAUUUAAAUGAUUCUUCUUCCUCUCUACUUUUGGAGAAUGAACGUAACAUCCUGGCUUCUUUUGUUAAGCCAUAGCUGACCUUAAUCUGUGGUUAGUUUAUUAAAAUAAUAAAAAAAAUUUGUAAGAGAUAUUUUUGAUAAUAGGACUGAUGUUGAAACAUGGGAUAGGGGUUAGGGGCAAUUUAUAAAAAGGUAGAGAAAUAUAUUUUAGUGAACUAUAACCACAGAUCACAGAUUACUCCCAAUGAGCUGAUCUGUCUUUGGGUUUCCCCCUUUCCCUGACCCAACCCUUUCCCCCAGGGGGUGGGAGUGGGCCUGUGGACACGAUAGGGGGAGCUCCUUUGCAUUUUGCACAAAGCACAAGUCUGGACAGCCUAUGCUCUGGCCAGCACCAUUUCUAAGAGCUUUAAACUGGAGGACCUAUCCUGGGCCGAUUUUCCUUUUUCUUUAUUUUUUUUUCUGGGGAAAAAAAUCAACUAUGCAAUUGUAUACACUCCUGGGUGCAUAUGAAGAAGGGGAAUAAGUAUACUUAAGUGUCCAGAGUGUUACUUGGGGCUAUUUCUCUGUAUUUAGAUUUCUCUUUUGAGGUAUGUACGCAUAACCCAUCCCGUGGAAUGUAAUCCCCACAUUUGAUCUAAGGCAGAGAUAGGCUGGGUGUAUGUGUUGGGUGACUCGUAUUUGCUUCUCCCCAAUCAGGAAAGUUGUCAUCAUAUUUCCCCCUUGGUAACAAAGCCAGCCAAGACUGUCCUCUUCAUUGGAACUUCUCACAGUUUAGAAAGGUUCCUUUCUCCUCAACAAACUUGAAAGUCACUUAUUUUCCGAAUCGGAUAGUCUGUUGGUUUAAUCAUGUCCUAUGGCUAUUAAUUCUUAGGCUUUUAUCUGAAAAUAGACUGGUGUUAGGCAAGCAAUGAGGUCAAAGGAAAUAGGUUCCAAAGGAGGGAAUGUAUGUAUUUCUGGACUGGGACUAGUAUGAGAAGAGCACUCCCCUCGGGUACAAAACUUAAGAGAGUGCCGAAAAACUCAGUAAUCAAGAUAAAUACUGUUUUAUUGCAGUAUUUUAAAAAAAUCAAUGCAAAAAAUCCAUGAUGAACAAAAUAUCAAAAUCAAGACAGCAUCCAACAGAACUGGGAUUAGGGUGAGGGAAGUAAGGCUGAAUGGAGCAAGUACGGGAUUGAAUCUUGUCUUUAAAGUUUUGAUACUUUGUUCAUUGUGGAGUUUUCUACAUUAGUUUUGAUUUUCAAAAAAUACUGCAUUAAAAUUUUGAUUUUCAAAAAAUACUGGGUUUUUGGGCACCCUUUAACUUUUGUGCCCAAAGUCUGAGUGCCUUGCUCACCUCACCCUGUUUCUGGGGUUAGAACAACACUGGUGAGACCACCACCUGGUGAACUUCCAUCCCUAACAUGCACCCAACCAGCAGAUGGCUCAAGCUCACACCUUAAAUUUUCACAGCUCACCUGUCUUUCCCAUAGGCAUCCAUCGUUAUCAUAGGAUUCUGGCCUGGACCAAUAGGAAUGGAAACAGACUAGGGGUUUUCCCAGAGAAUAAAACCAGGAAAGUGUUGAUUCUCUACUGGACUGCUGUGUUUGGAUUUGAUCUGUUAUUAGAUUCUAGCUAAUACUUCUGUUUUUAAAAACUGAGGACAAAUGAACAAAACCAGAAACUUUGUGUCAUGUUUGUUUUUGUUUUGAUUUAUAAAUUAAUCCUAAUUCCUUUUGACCUCUUUUCAAAUAAAAAAGGUGGAAAUUCUUGGGGGUGGGCUAGGGGUGAAUGAGUAUGGUAAAAUAGGACUUUAUUUAGGCCCUAUAGCUUUGUAUUAAGAAAUAAAUUAACUUUUUUUUUUUUAAUUUGAGAAGGUAACUAUUGAGGCAUUAAACAAACUCUCCAUUCUAAGGAUGAGGGACCCUGAGUCAAUGGAUAUUUUUCUAUAGGGAUGAGUAAAGUUUGUUUUGCUUUAUUCUUUGAGGGGGUUGUGUGGUAAGAGAGGUGAAGGAAUAAUGCCUGGGAAUUGAAAACAGACUUGGGUUGGUUUGUGGUAUUUUGGGAAGAUGAGGGGGUAAAAGAGGCAAGCCCAUGCAAUUACUGUGUUGGGGAAAAGGGAGGACAGGGGUACAUGGCAUGCACUCGAAAUAAACAAAACUUCCUUAGUUAAGGAGGGGUAUGUGGAUGAAUGGGGGAGGUAGACCCUGUAACCCUAGAUGAGGGAUGAUAUCAUCUCUCAGGCUUAAAUAAGUGCACUUAGUUCCUUUAACCCAGGGCAUUGGGGUACUUACUGAUGUUAUUAUUGGAGAGGGUAGAUUUUCAGGGUUCUUGUUUUUCCCCUUUUGAUUUAAGACAGUGCUACCCCUCUACCCUACUUCCUCUACCCCAGCCCUGAUGGAGCAGGUAUACUGUAGGAUAGGCCUCCACAUUCUUCCCUUCAUCUGUGCUGGUUUUACUGAGAGUUAUAAGAUUUAACCAAGAGUUCUUCCCUCUUACUGGAUUCUAUCAACAAAAUAAAAAGAUUGUAUCAAAAAAAAUUUUUUUUUAAAGAUUCAAUCUCUUUAUGGAGUGGGGAUGGUGUUAAACUCAGUGCUGUACAGGGCCUGGAGGGAAGUGCCCUCCCUUUCCUGUUGGCUCAAUUUCUUCUUCAAGGGAAAGUAAAGCUCACACACCAAUAAAACAAACAAAAAUUAGCACUGACUUUGUAUUGUAUAUUUGGGAGGUGAUACUGGGCCAGAAAGAAUGGAGCUGGUUCUGAAUGAUUUCUGAGAACCUAGCUUUUGCCAUUCCUCUUACUCCUUUCUAAACAGCGACACGUCCAAAGUUCCGGUCACAUUUUCUCUUUCCCAAUAAAGGGGCUUCAGAGAUGAUUGUCCCUGAAUUACUCGCACACCUCUGGACUCUGUGUCCUCUUCUUUCUCCAAGGAGUCAGUGCCCCAGAUGCACAGCCGUAGGUGAGAAGACAGAAUUAGAAGCCCCUGCCUGGCCUGGAAUCACCUGCACCCCAGAUUUUUCUAAUUUCCUUUUCGCUCCAGGCCCUUCAACUGCAGAUUCAGUGAGUCAUACAGACACUCUGUCUCUUCCCCUUUGUAGAUACCCAGUCUGAAAAUCACAGGGUGUUUUGCCCUAGGUACUUAAGUUGAUUAACAAAAUAUUUAUCAUGACGUCCCCCAUGUAGACAUUCUCCAUGCCACCUCCCUUCACUGGCCACGUGAGUAAGGGGCAGUAGAAGAGAGGAAAGGAAGCUGGCUGACAGCAGCGCUGAGAGGAAUGGGGGUGGGGAGGACCUUGGCCUCUUUCUAUGCUUAUAACUGGAUCUGUGACUCAUCUGGUGAGUCACUCACUCAGCUCCACCUCCCUCCUCCAGCUACCCUCCCAGCAGCCUUCACUCCUGGCACAAACCUGCAACCAGACCAGGAUUCUGAAAAUGGAGAAGUCUGAUACAGCCCCUUGCCCCUCCACCCUUCGUUUCAUCCACUAAACCUCCACUGGAUGUGUGUGGGUGAGACGUGGUCCUCCUUUUACUUAACCCUCAGCUGCUGCCCCUUUUGCAUUCCUGGUUGGAUGCUGAUCCAAGUCACCCAUUUUUUUUUCUGUCGCUGAUUUUCCCCCAUUCUCCUGAUGUUUUUUCUCUAUAUUGCUCUGCUGCUCCUACAUCUCAGAGUAUUAAAGAAUAGAACGAGGCUCUUGAAUGAAAGAUGGUAGGGAGAAGAAAAGUAGCUAAGGGGAUUUUAAAAUUGUGGUACACACCUCUUCUCGUUGCAACAGAUCUUGGGAAGUAUUUUCUUCCCCCAAGAGAUUGAGGCCCAUGUAAUACAGGUGGGGUUGGGGGUACUUGGUAGCUUUUAGGACUUCUAGAAUCAGGCUUCUGGGCCACCUUCCUAGCAGGUGUAUGCCUCUUUGUUCUAGAUCGACUUCCUGUCUCACAACCUCUUCACUAUUUCCACAGUUGCAGCCAAGACAGGGACCUAUUAAAGCUGAGGCCGGAAGGGUGUGUGUAUUGGGGGGAGGAGAGAGUUGAGUGUCACUGUGGAAAACUGGGGGCCCCACCUAAGGAUUGCUGCCUCUGUACAGACUCAAAAUCAAUAAAACAGCAGCUCAUUAAUUCUUACUUUGUAUUUUAUUUCCAGUCUUUUUCAUAACUAAAUGUAGAUUUUUGCAUUCCUACCCCCAGUCACCAUCAGCUACAUUUCCUUUACUUCCCUCUCAUGCCUUCCCCACCAU